AUGAAAUUAGGUUUUCUUUUUAUCAUAUCCGUAAUUACUAUUAAUAGCAUAUGUGCAUACCCCAAUAAGCAAUUGCCUACUAUUAAUCUGGUAAAAAGAGUGAGUGUUGCGACUAACUACACUAAUGCAAUAGUGAAAGCAGUUCGUAUGAGGCAAGCAGCCAUAAAUAAAUACUCUAACUACCCAGAACUUAAUUUAACAUCCAUUUCUAAUGAAAUAUCUUCCGUAACGGCUUCUGCCAAUAAAACAUUAUCUGAUAUAGCUUCAAAUAUCAAUGGAACAAUUUCUGACAAUAUUCUUUCAAAAUCUACGAAAGGCAAAUGUACCUUUAAUAUAAAAAAUAUUCAGCAAGAUGAAGCAUAUUAUGCGGAAAUCAUCAUUGGAAAUCAAAAAUUUAGUUGUCUUCUAGAUACCGGAUCUUCAAAUCUCUGGAUUCCAAAUAAGAAUUGUACUUCCGCUUCUUGUCAAAAUCAUAAUAGUUUUGAGUCAAGUAAAUCACCAACUUUUAAAUCCGAAGGUAAUCCAUGGUCUAUCUUAUAUGGUAGUGGCUCUGCCUCUGGUGUUACCGGAAAAGAUAAUAUUAAAAUUGGACAAGUAACUGCCGAAGACCAAAUUUUUGGUCUUGCAGAUCUCGUAUCUGAUGUUUUUCUACCACUUGAAUCUGAUGGAAAUUGUGGAAUGGCCUUUGACAGUUUGAAUACUAUGGAUAGUGGUGCUCCAACAUUAGUCUCUACUUUAAUUAAUCAAAAUAAAAUUAAUCCACUUUUUAGCUUUCAUUGCUCACAUUAUUUAGAUUUCGACGAUCAAGGAACACUUACUUUGGGAGGUGUUGAUGAAAGUAAAUUUACUGGAGAAAUUACAUAUAGCCCAGUAAUUCCCGGUACUGGGUUUUGGUCAAUACCACUAAUUGAUGCAUUAGUUAAUGGCGAACCAACGUUGAAUUUAGCAAGGCCUGCAAUUAUUGACACUGGCACUACACUUCUUAUGAUACCUCCAGAUGAUGCAGCAGCAAUUCAUAAACAAAUUCCAGGAUCCGAAUAUGAUAGUCAAGAUAGUAUCUAUAUUAUCCCAUGUAACACCACUGCUGUAGUUUCUCUUAAUUUUGGAGGUGUUGAAUAUAAUAUUCCACCCAGAGAUUUAAUUUUUUCACCAAUAUCUGGUACACAAUGCGUAUCAUCCAUUAUACCUGCAUAUAUUCUCGAGCCUCUUCCCAUUUGGCUCUGCGGUCAAACAUUCUUAAAAAAUGUAUAUUCUGUAUUCGAUGUGGGAAACAAACAAGUUGGAUUCGCACAUAGUAAAUAA